AUGGAUCCAUCAACAUCACACUGUCGCGAGCUGGCCUCGCCGGGCAUCUUCCAACCCGUCUUAUCUGUCUUGAUCAUUUUCGGCAUCCUCUUCUCCUACCUCCCCCAGCAUGUACGGAUUAUAUCUCGCAGAAGCUCUUUCGGUAUAUCACCCUAUUUCGUACUACUAGGCGUAACGUCCGGCACGUCGGCCUUCGCGAACAUCCUAGUCUUUCCCAAAACAUCGCAGCAUGUGAGCUGCUGCCAUGAAAUAAGUGGGAUAGCCUGCUUUGCAGGGCUGUUGGGCGUAUUCCAAAUGGGCAUGCAAUGGCUCUGCUUCUUCUCCAUUCUCCUUCUAUUCGUCAUCUAUUUCCCUCGGGCUACCUCGCCUACCGACCCCGUCAGCUCCGUAUCGACCUCCAAUGGCCCGACAUAUCGCACUGCUCUAGCCAUCACAGCCAUCUGCCUUUUCCAUGCCCUGGCGACAGUCAUCAUCUCCAUCGCCUUCGCCCUCCGUCAGCCGACCGCCUUGCAAUCGUGGGCCAAUUUCUUGGGCGUCCUUGCCGCCAUCCUCGCGUCAAUCCAGUACUUCCCCCAGAUCUACACAACCUUCCGACUUCGAUGCGUGGGCAGCCUGAGUAUCCCGAUGAUGUGCAUCCAGACACCCGGUAGCCUGAUUUGGGCAGCAAGUCUAGCGGCACGCGAGGGCGCAAAGGGUUGGAGUAUAUGGGGUGUGUUGGUAGUCACAGCAUGUUUACAGGGGACUUUGUUGGUUAUGGCCAUAUACUUCGAGUACUUUGGGCCGAACAGCAAGCGCAAAGAGGCACACCGGGCUGAUGGGGAUGGUACUCCGCCCAAUGGAGCUGCUUCAGAACGGCCUGAAACGCCUGCACGAGAACCCAUGUCCGCGGACCGGCCGUCUGAAGAAACCCCGCUCUUACAGAGCCAGUAA